ACAUGGAAUCAACCUAAAUGCCAGCCAAUGAUAGAUUGGAUAAAGAAAAUGUGGUACAUAGAGAGGGACGUCCGGCUUCUGAGCGGGAACCUUUGUAGCGCCAGCGACGAAAGAGAGAAUUAAAUAUGGGUGAUGUUGAGAAAGGCAAGAAGAUUUUUGUUCAGAAGUGUGCCCAGUGCCACACCGUGGAAACGGGAGGCAAGCACAAGACUGGGCCUAAUCUCCAUGGUCUCUUCGGGUGGAAGACAGGUCAGGCCAUUGGAUUCUCUUACAUGGACACCGGUAAGAACAAAGGCAUCACCUGGGGAAAUGAUACACUGAGGGAGUAUUUGGAGAAUCCCAGGAAGUACGUUCCUGGAACAAAAAUGAUCUUUGCCGGCAUUAAGAAGAAGGCAGAAAGGGCAGACUUGUUAGCUUAUCUCAAAAAAGCUACAAGUGAGUAAUAAUUGGCCACUGCCUUAUAUUACAAAACAGAGAUGUCUCGUGACUUUUUUAUGUGUACCAUAAUUUAGUAGAUCUCAUACAGCAGAAUUCAGAUUAUGAAUGUCUAUCAGAAUAUUUUGUUGGGCAGUCCUGAUUUAAAACUAAGACUGGCUUGUGGUUAAAUGAGUAAGUCUGGUUUUUGAAUAUUAAUAGUAAUUCCAAUUCAGUCAAUGCUAUCACUGCUUACCCCUUCUAAAGAUAUGAUUAGACUUUGUUAAUAAUGUUCAACUUUUCACAAAGAUGGUGAGUUCCAUCUUAAAACUUAUUGGAGGCCGGGCGCGGUGGCUCAAGCCUGUAAUCCCAGCACUUUGGGAGGCCGA